UUGCCAGCGCGGCGGCGGCGGAUCGCUCGGUUCCAGCCAGUAGGUCCUGUGAGGGCGAGCUGAGGCGGAGAGAGGGCGCGGAACUGGAAACGGGUGAGUCAGGCACUGUCUACGCGAUAAAGGGAGGCGGCACCGUGGCGUAGGGCUGAGUUAAGUCCGCACGGCCCCGUUCUCUUCAGGGACACCGCGGUCUUAGCGUCUGCGAGGAGACGGUGAGGAGGCGCCAGAGCCCGGUCCUUGCGCCCGUUCCCGUGCUCAGCUCCCCGCCGCCGUCUCCACCAUGCAGUCCCGGGAAGAAGCCCCGCGCUCUCGCCGCCUCGCCAGCCCCCGCGGCGGGAGGCGGCCCAAGAGGAUUUCCAAGCCCUCGGUUUCGGCUUUUUUCACGGGCCCGGAGGAGCUGAAGGACACGGCCCAUUCCGCCGCCCUGCUGGCCCAGCUCAAGUCCUUCUACGACGCGCGGCUGCUCUGCGAUGUGACCAUCGAGGUGGUCACGCCGGGCAGCGGGCCUGGCACGGGCCGCCUGUUCCCCUGCAACCGUAACGUGCUGGCUGCCGCGUGUCCCUACUUCAAGAGCAUGUUCACCGGCGGCAUGUACGAGAGCCACCAGACGAACGUGACCAUGCACGAUGUGGAUGCCGAGUCCUUCGAGGUGCUGGUCGACUACUGCUACACGGGUCGUGUGUCCCUGAGUGAGGCCAACGUGCAGCGCCUGUACGCGGCCUCCGACAUGCUGCAGCUCGAGUACGUGCGGGAAGCCUGUGCUUCCUUCCUAGCCCGCCGCCUUGACCUGGCCAACUGCACGGCCAUCCUCAAGUUCGCCGACGCCUUCGACCAUCACAAGCUGCGAUCACAGGCCCAGUCCUUUAUAGCUCACAACUUCAAGCAGCUCAGCCGCAUGGGUUCGAUUCGGGAAGAAUCUCUGGCAGACCUGAGCCUGGCCCAGCUGCUGGCCGUCCUGCGCCUGGACAGUCUAGACAUCGAGCGUGAGCGGACCGUGUGCCACGUGGCGGUGCAGUGGUUGGAGGCGGCUCCCAAGGAGCGGGGUCCCAGCGCUGCGGAAGUCUUCAAGUGUGUCCGCUGGACCCACUUCACGGACGAAGAUCGGGAUUACCUGGAAGGGCUGCUGACCAAGCCCAUUGUGAAGAAGUACUGCCUGGACCUCGUUGAAGGGGCCCGGCAGAUGCGAUAUGGUGACACGUUGUACAAGUCUCUGGUGCCAAAGCCAGAGAGCAGCGGCGGCAGCAGCUCUGUUGUGUCCAUAGCAGAAAAUCCACCCCAGAGGCUGGGUAUGUGUGCCAAGGAGAUGGUGGUCUUCUUUGGACAUCCCAGAGAUCCCUUUCUGUGCUAUGACCCAUACUCAGGGGACAUUUACACAAUGCCAUCACCUUUGACCAGCUUGGCUCACACUAAGACUGUCACCUCCUCAGCUGUCUGUGUCUCUCCAGACCAUGACAUCUAUCUAGCUGCCCAGCCCAGGAAAGACCUCUGGGUGUAUAAGCCAGCGCAGAAUAGUUGGCAGCAGCUUGCUGACCGCCUGCUCUGCCGUGAGGGCAUGGAUGUGGCCUACCUCAAUGGCUACAUCUACAUUUUGGGUGGGCGAGACCCUAUUACUGGAGUUAAAUUAAAGGAAGUGGAAUGCUAUAGUGUUCAGAGGAACCAGUGGGCCUUAGUGGCUCCUGUACCCCAUUCCUUCUAUUCCUUUGAACUGAUAGUGGUUCAGAACUAUCUUUAUGCUGUGAACAGUAAGCGCAUGCUCUGCUAUGAUCCUAGCCAUAAUAUGUGGCUGAACUGUGCUUCUCUUAAACGCAGUGACUUUCAGGAAGCCUGUGUCUUCAAUGACGAGAUCUAUUGCAUCUGCGACAUCCCUGUCAUGAAGGUGUAUAACCCAGCCAGGGGAGAAUGGAGGCGGAUUAGCAAUAUUCCCCUGGACUCUGAGACCCACAACUACCAGAUUGUCAACCAUGGCCAAAAGUUGCUCCUCAUCACUUCUACAACCCCACAGUGGAAAAAAAACCGGGUGACUGUGUAUGAAUAUGAUACUAGGGAAGACCAGUGGAUUAACAUAGGUACCAUGUUAGGUCUUCUGCAGUUUGACUCUGGCUUUAUUUGCCUCUGUGCUCGCGUUUAUCCUUCCUGCCUUGAACCUGGUCAGAGUUUCAUCACUGAGGAGGAUGAUGCACGAAGUGAGUCCAGCACUGAAUGGGACUUAGAUGGAUUCAGUGAACUGGACUCUGAGUCAGGAAGUUCAAGUUCUUUUUCUGAUGAUGAAGUCUGGGUACAGGUAGCACCUCAGCGAAAUGCACAGGAUCAGCAGGGUUCUUUGUAAAUAUUUUGAAAUACUAAGAUGUUUCUACUGCCAUGGAAUAUAUCUUAAAAAGAUGUGCUUUCCUUUUCCUG